UACAUUUAACAUAUAAUUCCUGCAUUAAUAUAAAUUGUGAACCAGUAUGGACUGGAUAAAACACAUUUUAAGACGAUUAAGAGCGAAACGAUUCAGUAAGAAGUGUGAACUUAGGUCCCCUGAUGUUCAGAGAAGCACAUGGACUGAAGAUUUCUGCUUAUUAAUCAUGGCAGCAUCAAUACACGAGACAGUCCUCAUCGGAAUAUGUGAUGGGGUUAUUGACCAGAAGAAAAACACAUCUUAUUGCACGAACAAAAUUGGAGAUAGACCGGACCUGCUUCCGAUAAUCACACUCCAGUAUCCCCUAUGCAGAGUGUGUCAGAGAGGCCUGUCCCACGCCGUGCAGGUCUACUGCCCUCUUGCAGCGUCUCCUUACCACAGAACCAUCAGUGUAUUUGCCUGCACCAAUCCACAGUGCAGCGGCAAAUCAGAGAGUUGGAUUGUCCUGCGCUCUCAGUGCUUGGAGGAUGACAUCAAACCAAGACAAGACGACAAAACCACGCCAUGUGCAGAAUCUGCAAUGUCCAGGACAGACUGGUGUGAUGAAGCUGAUGAUUGGGGGAUGGACGAUGAAGAGCAAGAGAAAGUGGCUGAAAGCGACGUACAAACACCAAAUGACCGUAUCGGUGACGGAAAUGAUGUCAGCAGCAGGCUUCAGGACCUGUGCAUUGAUGGAGAUCACCAAAGUGCACUCCAACCCACCGAUGUGCCAGUUUUCCAGCCGUUCUACAUAAGCGUUAUGGAGGAAACAGACCUGGAUGGAUUUCUUGAUACGGAUCAUGAAAACGAACUGCUUAGAGCGUAUGAGGAGAGGGAGGGAGUGAUUGUCGCCGAGAUUCAGAGUUGUGAAAGUGGGGGAGCCACUCGGGAGGAAUACGAGAAGGCCACGGUCAAGCAUGGUGAUGAAGUGUUCACCAAUUUCAUGAAGAAAAUCUCUCUUUGUCCUGAACAAGUGUUACGAUACAGUUGGGCCGGAUCACCUCUAUUUAUAACCGAGCCUCUCUCCGGUGUUAGUCCGAUGGUGCCGUGCUGUGCUCACUGUGGCAGCCCGAGAGUUUUCGAAUUUCAGCUCAUGCCAGCAUUGGUCAGUUUGCUCAGUAGUGCAGACACAAAUUCAGACGUCUCGCUGGAGUUCGGAACAGUUCUUGUGUACACUUGCAGAAACAGCUGUUGGAAAUCUGGAUCAACGGCUCCAGUGGAAGAAUUUCUAGUCGUUCAGCCCGACCCAGAUCAAAAGCUCUUCAAAUGAUACCAUUUAUCAUCAUUAAAGAUAAUUUUUCAGUA